CUCAUCAUCAUCACUAAAACUAAAAUAAAAAAGAGUUUCAUAUUCCUAAUAAUAAGCUUUUUCAAUGGACACCAAAAUAGGAUCCAUCGACACGUGUAAGCCAACCACUGGCGACGUCGGAAGUCCCCCAAGCAACGCCGUCGCAACAAUCCACGACUCCGCUCCCACCACCGCAACCUCCCUCGACUCCUCCGAAGCGACUCUUGGACGUCACUUAGCCCGCCGUCUUGUCCAAGCCGGAGUCACCGACAUUUUCUCUGUUCCCGGAGAUUUUAACCUAACUCUUCUUGACCACCUCAUCGCCGAACCAGAGCUCAACAACAUCGGAUGUUGCAACGAGCUUAACGCUGGUUACGCCGCCGAUGGUUACGCUCGAUCUCGUGGAGUCGGUGCUUGCGUCGUGACCUUCACCGUUGGUGGACUCAGUGUUUUGAACGCGAUCGCUGGUGCAUACAGUGAGAAUCUGCCAGUUAUCUGUAUCGUGGGAGGUCCUAACUCUAAUGAUUUUGGUACUAACCGGAUUCUUCAUCACACCAUUGGUUUACCUGAUUUUAGCCAAGAGCUUAGGUGUUUCCAAACUGUUACUUGCUAUCAGGCUGUGGUGAACAAUUUGGAGGAUGCACAUGAACAGAUCGACAAGGCGAUAUCAACAGCUCUGAAAGAGAGCAAGCCUGUCUACAUUAGCAUCAGCUGUAACUUAGCUGCAACUCCUCAUCCUACGUUCGCUCGUGAUCCUGUUCCUUUUUCCCUAACUCAAAGGAUGAGCAACAAGAUGGGUUUAGAAGCUGCGGUGGAAGCAACAUUGGAGUUUCUGAACAAGGCAGUGAAGCCAGUUAUGGUUGGUGGUCCAAAGUUGCGUGUGGCUAAAGCUAGUGAUGCCUUUGUGGAGCUAGCUGAUGCUUCAGGCUACCCUCUGGCAGUGAUGCCUUCUGCAAAAGGCUUUGUACCAGAGAACCAUCCUCACUUCAUUGGUACUUACUGGGGAGCAGUCAGCACUCCGUUCUGCUCUGAGAUUGUUGAAUCUGCGGAUGCUUACAUUUUCGCAGGUCCAAUCUUCAAUGACUACAGCUCAGUUGGUUACUCACUUCUCCUCAAGAAAGAAAAAGCAAUCAUUGUGCAUCCUGAUCGUGUCGUUGUGGCCAAUGGUCCUACGUUUGGUUGCGUUCUGAUGAGUGAUUUCUUCAGGGAAUUGGCUAAGAGGGUGAAGCGUAACGAGACCGCUUAUGAGAACUACCAUAGGAUCUUUGUCCCUGAAGGUAAGCCAUUGAAAUGCAAACCUAGGGAACCUUUGAGAGUCAACGCAAUGUUCCAACACAUUCAGAAGAUGCUCUCUAGUGAAACCGCUGUGAUUGCUGAAACUGGUGAUUCUUGGUUCAAUUGUCAGAAGCUAAAGCUGCCUAAAGGAUGUGGGUACGAGUUUCAGAUGCAGUAUGGAUCUAUUGGUUGGUCUGUUGGUGCGACUUUGGGAUACGCACAGGCAUCACCAGAGAAGAGAGUGUUGUCUUUCAUCGGAGAUGGGAGUUUCCAAGUGACGGCUCAGGACAUAUCCACGAUGAUUCGUAACGGACAGAAGACGAUCAUCUUCCUGAUUAACAACGGUGGCUACACCAUUGAAGUGGAGAUUCAUGAUGGUCCUUACAAUGUGAUCAAGAACUGGAACUACACUGGUCUUGUCGAUGCUAUUCAUAACGGUGAAGGCAAAUGCUGGACAACAAAGGUGAGAUACGAGGAGGAGCUAGUGGAAGCGAUUAAGACCGCGACAAUGGAGAAGAAAGAUAGUCUUUGUUUCAUUGAAGUGAUCGUUCACAAAGAUGAUACGAGCAAAGAGUUGCUUGAGUGGGGCUCUCGGGUCGCAGCUGCUAAUGGUCGUCCUCCCAAUCCUCAGUAGAAGCAAGAGAAACGAAUCUUGAGUGUGGCUCAAGCAUCUCUCGUUUCUUAGCAAUUGAGUUACAUUGUUUCCUGUUUUUUACUGAUUUAUUUUCCUACUGGCUUUUGGAACUUUCCAGUUAGUACCAUUGAUGGUGAUUCCUUUUUCCAUAAUAAACUUCGAUAUUUGUC